AUUUCACUUCCUCGUGGUUUGCGUUUUCUAUGACAUUCAUUUACCAGUUCGUCGGUUCAAUGGUCAUUUCCGCCGGUAUCAGUAUUUUCGACACGUUGUUCGCCGGCUUGUUGCUUCAAAUCUGUUGUCAACUCGAGAUACUGGUGAAUCGCCUGCACAAUAUCGGAGGAGAUGAAAUUCAAUCGUUAAAGUACUGCGUUCGGCACCAUAACGCAAUAUACAGAUUCGCCGAAAUGGUAAAUAAUUUGUUUAGCAAAAUGAUGUGCGUACAAUUUAUGGUAAGCGCAGCCGCCAUAUGCUUCAACGUUUAUCGAGUAACAGAAUCAAACGCAGGUUCGCAAUUAAUAGGCUCGGUACUGUUCAUCUUUUCCGCUUUACUUCAAACGUUUUACUUUUGUUGGUUCGGAGAUGUAGCGAAAUUAAAGAGCCUCGAUAUUCCUAAUAUGAUAUAUCAUAGCGAUUGGACAAAUUUGAGCAACGACGCUAGGAAGAUGCUUCUGAUAAUCAUGGCACGUUCAUUAACGCCUGUUGAGAUAACAAGCGCCUAUAUUUUACCAAUGAACUUGGAAUCUUUCAAGGGUUUGAUAAAAACAACUUACUCGACGUAUAACAUGCUGCUACAGAGUAAGUCAUCGCAGUAGAACACAUGCGGAGAAUAAGUUGUCUUAGUUCCUUCGCCACGUAAUGGAAGAAUUCCAAUAGAGGAAAAUGAAAACGAAUUAUUGAAACAACGAAAUAAAUUACAUAGUAUGCAAGAAUAAUACAUUAACACUAACACUUAAGUGAGAACCAGGUUUCGGCAGUGAAUCUUCGCGAACUUCCGCACUAUUUUACUAAGAUUUUUCCACGAUUUCGAAGUAGAUUCGACUCGACGACCAAGAACUGGAAAUAUUACAGGCUCUGUAUUUGAAUUUCUCAAUCGAGUUAUUCCGAUAUCGAAGACUUCUGCUGGGCGUAUGAUUUGAGUCAACAAAGCAAUACAGAAAAAUAAGAAUCAUCUUCGUCUAAACCGAGAAUAAUACGAAAUGUCGAACACUCGCAUGCGAUCUAUUACAAAUGCUUUCUUUUAUCACACACAUUAAUAAAGCUUAUUGUUAGAUGGAAAUAACUGAAUUAUGGCCUUAUUAAAACUACAUGCAUUUUUUCCCUUGUCCUCCUGUUCGUAAUAAAAAUGAAAAUGAACGACUGACCAUCGUCGACGGUAUGAAGAAGACUGGUAAAUUUGUAAAUCGGAAGAAGAGAACGAAACCACUGCGACGUUUUCAGAGGUACUGUAGCAUAUUUUGCAUCGUUGUAUUAUUAACAAAUCUGAUGAUAUAAAACACAUUAUUCUCCCGGAACCACAGGAUAUAUCAGGUUUUAUCAACGGGACACAGGAACUUGCCAAUAUUCUGGGAUAGUCAGUGAUAUUGGAAAUGCUUAGACCGUUUCUUCGUUAUUUAUACAGUUUGAGUUUUCACAUAUUAACAAGAACUAUUUUAUUUUAGAUUAAUAAUCUAAAUGGCUUAUUUUUUCUAUUCUGACGAAAUAAUUGGUAUGUACGAUCUCUACGUUUUAUCUAAAUUUUCGUUUAAAAUAAAUAAAUUCGACACGCAACAAAUCUUACGUCACUUUUAGCCGAUGAAUUCCCACGAAAAUGAUUGUGCGCGUGCUAUAAUGGUCACGUAUCCUUCUUUCGAUCGCCGGUUGCUCACUAUCAAAAUCGUGAACAUCACCGAUCACAAAAUCUUUGUACAAUUUGCACGCGUUGUUCGCGUGGCUUUCAUUGGUAUUCUAAUAUUAAUAUAAAAUAUUGUCUCGCGUGUGCACUCAGAUUUUAGAUAUAAUUACAAACGUGAAAAAUCACGACCAACUCAAUGACGAAGUUAAAUUUUGAGUUUCGUUAUCGAAGUAAAACGAGACACAGAUAAGUAUAGAAAUUGUUGAUAAAACGUCUCGUGUAAUAUUUUUUCAUUGCAGAGCCUUGACGUGCCUGCCACGAUAUUUGAGAGUGGACAUCAUGGGAUAAGAAAAAGAAGAAGAUUCUCUCAGUGAUCAUGACACGAACAACGCAUUCUAUCGAAUUUACCACUGGCUACCUGGUAGCAUUGAAUCUCGGCUUUUUCGUGACGGAACUGAAUGAUGACACGAAGUGGAAUAGCUGUGGAUCUUGAUAUUAUUUCUUUCGAUUCUUCCAAAGGACUACGUUCUACAAAUGUACCAAUGCAAAUGGAUUACAUAGCAAUGCACAUUACACACUGCUAAAGAUACCCAGAAAUAUUUGCCAGAUC